UCAAAGACUCCCGUUAAGCUCGCUAGAGUUACAAAGGUUCUCGGCCGUACCGGUUCUCGUGGUGGUGUCACCCAAGUCCGCGUUGAAUUCAUGGACGAUACCAACCGUUCCAUCAUUCGUAAUGUCAAGGGUCCCGUUCGUGAAAACGAUAUUCUCUGCCUUUUGGAAUCUGAACGUGAAGCUCGU